AUGGGUAGAAGACCUGCUAGAUGCUACAGAUAACCUAAGGGUAAGCCUUAUCCCAAGUCCAGAUACAACAGAGGUGUCCCCGAUGCCAGAAUCAGAAUCUACGACUCUGGUAGAAAGAAAGCCACCGUUGAAGAAUUCCCUUACGUUGUUCACAUCGUUUCUGAUGAAAAGGAAUAAAUCACCUCUGAAGCCUUGGAAGCUGCCCGUAUUGCUGCUAACAAAAAUUUGAUUAAAUUCAUCUCUAAGGAUGCUUUCCAUUUAAGAUGCAGAGUCCACCCCUGGCACGUACUCAGAAUUAACAAGAUGUUGUCUUGUGCUGGUGCUGAUAGACUCCAAUCUGGUAUGAGAGGUGCUUUCGGUAAGGCUUUGGGUAAGGCUGCUCGUGUUGAUAUUGGCUCUAUUCUUUUCUCCGUCAGAGUCAAGGAACCUCACGUUAAGUAUGCCAUCGACGCUCUUACUAGAGCUAAGGCUAAAUUCCCUGGUAGACAAAAAGUCGUCACCUCCCAAAAGUGGGGUUUCACCAAGCUUACCAGAGCUUAAUACUCCAGACUUAGAAACCAAAAGAAGCUCGUUACUGAUGGUUCCAAUGUUAAAGUUAUUGGUGAAAGAGGUCCCCUCUCCAGACUUGAACUCUUCAGAAAGAUCUGA